UCUCCCAAAGCGAUAGUCGGCAGCCAGCAGCUCACUGUGGUGGCAGAUCAGCGGGGCAGUGCGCAACGCGGGAUAAAGCUACACUGUGCGUUUCAUCCAAAGAAAGGAGAGAACAAGGAAAAGAGGGGGACGCAUCCCACCAUUUCCCAGAGUUAUAGCAACUUCACCGGGCCUGGGGGUGUCCUUCUCUGUCCGGCUGCAGCCUGGGAAGAACGGGAACUUAAAGGAACUAAAGGCGGAGCGGUGCCAGCAGAUUAUCUGUGAGGUGAAGAGAGACUGGCGACAUUUCCCCCUGGAGGAACUCCCCAAGUGUUGGAAACUUCCCAGAGCAGCAUCGAUCGAGGACCUCCCGCCCACUUUACCUCUGUUCCACAGCUCUGGAAGAGGGGGGAGAGAGAGUUGUGCAGCCGCUGCGGUAGAUGGAGCAACAAAGGCUGGAUGGUUUAAACUAGAAUAAGAAACCCAGCUCUCAGCUCUCUCUGCUAAAACACCGUCGCCUCUGCACGGAUCUCAUUUUCUCGGACCACUUUUUUGGACAAACUCUCCAGCAGCAGCCGGAGGAACCGCAGCCGCAAACGCGAAAUUGAUGCUUUGGCACCGUGACGCGCACCAGCAAUCCUCGAGUUUUGCGAAAGUGCACAGUCGCCGCUGCUGCCGCCGCCGCCGCUGCUGUUAACUGAGGGUGUAGUGGACUUGCUGGGAAGCCGAAGUGGGAUUUGCCGAAGUUGCAUGCUCGGUCUUUGUCGUCUCGAGUGAGCCCAUAUCCAUCCAACAAGAUCCGGAUAGUUGAGGUGCCAUGGCGAUGUGUGCGGGGAUAUGGAUGCUCCUGUUGGCGCUGCGCAUUCAGGCUGGCAAUGGGCAGAUGGUACAGAUGGACUCCAGUAAGUCCGGCUUCGUGGGUUCACAAGUGGAGCUGCGCUGCAUCUUCAUCAACAGCAACCCGCCGGUCAAGAUCUCUCAGGUCACCUGGCAGAAGCUCCUCAACGGCACCAAGCAGAACGUGGCCAUAGCCAACCCGGCGCUCGGCGUGUCCGUCCUGCCUCCCUUUAAGGAGCGGGUCAGCUUCAAGCAGGCCGCGGUGCGUCAUCGCACGCCCUCGCUGGAGGACACCACCAUCGUAUUCUCCAACCUGCAGCUGUCUGACGAAGCUGCCUACAUCUGCGAGUACACCACGUUUCCUGCGGGCAACCGGGAGAACAUGGUCAACCUCACCGUGUUUGCUCGGCCCAUGACGCGUAUGACCUUGACAACGCCCACGAUUGUUGCCAGGGCUCAGAAACGCAAAAUGACCGUCGCCACCUGCGUGUCAGCCAAUGGCAAGCCACCGAGCGUGAUCAAAUGGGACACCAGGUUGAAGGGUGAGGCCACUUUCCAGGAGACCCGCAACCAAAACGGGACGGUGACGGUACGGAGCAACUAUGUGGUGGUGCCGAGCCGCGAGACCCACAAGCAGAAGCUGACGUGUAUCGUGACGUAUCGAAAUGAGAGGAUCACAGACAGCGUGGUGCUCAACGUGCAGUAUGAACCUGAGGUGAAGAUCGAGGACUUCGAUGGAAACUGGUACUUGAACCGUCAGGAUGUUAAGCUGACCUGCAAAGCUGACGCCAACCCCCCUGUCACCAUCUACCAGUGGAAACUGUGA